AUGGAUAUCACGUAUUUUCCGGUCGACCAGCAGACGUGUAAUUUUGAGUUCGGACAGUGGGCUUAUUUAGACUCUCAAGUAAUACUACGAGCAGGAAAAGAGAACGCCACAUUGGAAAACUACCUACCAAAUGUUGAAUGGGACAUCGUGGAUUCUAACGCCACGGCAAUUGCCAAACACUUUCAAGGUGUGGACGACUCAUUCACAACGAUAGUGAUUUCAAUGGACAUAAAAAGAAAACCCCUGUACUACACCGUAAAUCUCAUAUUACCGUGUGUUGUGGUGUCUCUGCUGACAAUUGUGGUCUUCUGUUUGCCCUCCAUGUCUUCGGACAAAGUCAGUCUUAGUAUCUCACUCUUACUGACAAUUUAUGUAUUCAACAUCCUUGUGAUAGAUCUACUUCCGGCCACAUCGUUAGAGCUCCCUCUAUUGACAGUCUAUUUGAUAUUUAGCAUGGGACUUAUCGGACUAUCGGUUGCCCUGACAACUCUAGUAUCUCGGAUUUACAGUAAAGGGGAGCAUGCCAAAGCAGUACCGCAAUUCCUGAGGACUAUAUUUCUUGGUAAACUUGCCGGUUUUUUAUUUGUGAAGGUGAAGCUUACCCCUGUUUCCAAAGCAGCUGACGCUGCCGCGUACAAAGCAUUGAACUCGGACGAGAUCGCUAUUAGUGACGCUGUUUAUUAUUGUUCAAAUCCCCGAAACAGGGUGGACGGGGAACAAUAUGAAAUGAACAAUUGGACGCGUUUAGAAUCAAAAGGAAACUCCAAGGCAUGUGCAGGAGGGUGUCUGACAGGAAAAAGACCGAAGUUCCCAGCCAAUUCACUCAAGAAAAAUAAGAAAAAGAAAGCAGUAAAAGUGUUCUUCAUUUGUGAGAGAACUAAUCAGCGUAUUCUAAGUAACCUUGAUAAGUUAGUUCGACAUACAGAGACGUUGAUUCGACACAUAGUACCGAAUAAGAAGACAAAGCAGAAUCAUGACGAGUGGGUCGCCUUGGCAACGGUUGUGGAUCGCAUACUACUUGUCCUUUUCAUAAUUGUUGGGUGUGGAAUGUUCAUGUUAUUGCUAGCUGUGGUAGAAGUGAUGCUCUUCUCGGUCGGAACAGGUGUGUGCGAUGAAACGAGCCGUUUCAUGUCCAACGAAGAGAGUUUAAUGAAAUAUUUAAUCAAUGAUGCGUACAGUCCUUUAUCCCGACCGGUGCGAAACUCAAGCGACGUUGUGGAAGUAAAUUUAUGGAUGACAUUAACGCAGCUCAUGGACGUAAACGAGAAAUCCCAGCUUAUAACAACAAAUGUGUGGAUAUAUCAGUCUUGGAACGACCCUAGGCUUGCGUGGAAUGAUACUGAUUUCAAUGGAAUAAGUGCCAUUCGUCUACCAGUACAGAACGUAUGGACACCAGAUACAUCCCUACUUACAAGUGCUGACAAUCAAUAUCCAGGUUUUCCGUUAAUGCAUAUUAAGGAACUCAAUGCGAUUGUUUACAGCAAUGGAGACGUACUUAAAAUAGUGCCACAGGUUUUAUACACACCGUGUAUUAUGGAUAUUAAAAUGUUUCCUGUUGAUAUUCAGCACUGUGAAUUGGAAUUCCAAUCGUGGUCGUUUUCGAGUAAUGAAAUGAUCCUGAUUUCUCACUACGAUGAAGUUAAAUUCGAAAAAUAUAUCCCUAAUGUUGAAUGGGAUGUGACCUCAUCUUCUGUGACGCCAGUUCGGAGGACGUUUGCCGAAGUUAAUGGACUGCAUUCAUAUACAAGCCUUAUUGCUACACUUGUUAUUGAAAGAAAGCCAUUGUACUAUGUGAUAAAUUUGAUUUUGCCGUGUGUAAUGGUGUCAGUUUUAACACUUGUCGUAUUUUGCCUACCGUCGAAUUCUCCAGACAAACUCAAUUUGAGUAUUUCGUUGAUGCUUACUCUGUACGUGUUUAAUUUACUCAUUACCGAUCUGCUGCCACCGACAUCGACAAAUCUUCCUCUCAUUACUGUCUAUUUUCUAUUCAGUAUGUUCGCAAUUGCAAUUUCCGUUGCCGUAACCACUCUUGUUUCCAAGAUAUAUAAAAAAUGCGAAGUUAGUGGUGAGCAGAGGCCGGUGCCAAAGUGGGUGAAAAAACUCCUACUUGGCAAGAUGUACGAAUAUUUACUUCUGCCCAAACGACAUUAUCUAAAAAAGAAAGGCAACAGUAUAAUUUUGCACAAUUACACGCCCGAGUUAGCAGGACAAGACAACAUACCUCACAAUAUAUUUUCGGAUAUUUUGGGAAGAAAGAUAAAAUAUGAACGUGCAAUACCGAGUGUGAAAUACCGUAAACUUAAACUGUGCUUCAGUAAUAACAGGCAAAAUGGGAAAAUAAUUUCUGCUUUACGUAAAAUUACGAAGUCGUUGGAUAAAAUCACUAGGUACAUGUUACCAGACAUCCACUCUGAUAAGAUUAGAACCGAGUGGAUGGAAGUUGCAGCUGUUGUGGAUCGGAUUCUGCUCAUAAUGUUUUCCGUGUGUAUUAUCACUGGGGCGCUGAUUAUAUUACCUCGUAUAACUUAG